AUGGGCCACGAACAGUACGGACAGUACGAAAGUAGUAGUGAAACGGAAGUAGAUGUAACCCCGCCCCAGCAAAAUAGAAUGCCGAGGGCUGGCCGGAUUUCUGGGAAUGGGAGGCUGGUGACCCUGGCUUCUCACCCUUUUCCGAGGAAUGCAUAUGAUGACAGUGACAUGGAAGCAAAAAUCCACCAGCUCGAGCAAGAAGCUUACUGUUCUGUUCUUAGAGCUUUCAAAGCUCAAGGAGAUGCUAUUACCUGGGAAAAGGAAAGUGUAAUAACAGAGCUCCGAAAAGAGUUGAGAUUAUCCAAUGAGGAGCACCGAGAUAUUCUAAGCAGGGUUAAUUCAGAUGAGACAAUCAGGAGAAUAAGGGAGUGGAGAAAAUCGGUUGAGCGUCAAACAGGCAGUCAUCGAUCUAGUCAAGGAGCAGCUGUUCAUGAACCGGCACCGAGUCCUUCAGUCUCAGCUUCUCGUAAAAAGCAAAAGUUACCAUCAUUGCCUUCUCAAUCCUAUGGUGGGCCAUCUCCUUUCCACCCACAGUCGAUGGCUCCAACAAACCAGCCUUUGUCCUUAGCCGCAAAGCGUGGGCCCACGAUGGGCGUGAAGAGCAAAAAGUCAAAAUUUCUGCCGGCAGGAUCAUCCCAGAUGAAAAUGCAGUAUCCCCCGGGUCCCGCAGGAAGAGGUCAAUUUGGUAACCGAAUGUCUUCUGGUGGCCCCAUGAAUGAGCCAGCAGAAGGAGCUCCGUUUGAUCCGUUGAUUGGAAGGAAAGUACGGACCAGAUGGCCGGACGAUAAUAACUUUUAUGAAGCUCUGAUUACUGAUUAUAAUCAUGUGGAGGGCCUGCAUGCUCUUGUUUAUGACUUAGGUACUCCGAACGAGACAUGGGAAUGGGUCAAUCUAUCUGAGAUUUCUCCAGAUGAUAUAAAAUGGGAAGGUGAAGACCCCGGGGUUUCCCGUCAUGGAGGUUUUGGUGGGCCGGGGCAUGGGAUGGGCCGGCCUAGAGAUAAGAAUGGGCCAGGUCCAGGUAGAGGGAGGGGUUUGACCAAAGUUCAACCGAGGAAAGAUUUUCCUCAAUCUCAAAAUGGCAUAGGAAAGAAGGGACUUGAUGAUAUCCGUUUGCUUCAUACCGAUACUUUAAUUAAGGAGGUGGAGAGGGUUUUUAGCGCUAGUCAUCCGGACCCAGUGGAGAUAGAGAGAGCAAAAGAAGUAGUUAAGGAGCAGGAAUUAGCACUCAGUGAAGCCAUUGCAAGGCUUGAAGAUUUAUCUGAUGGUGAAAGUGAUGAGGGUGGUCGUUUUUUGCGCGGGCAAGAGCUGGAUAGAGAAUAA